AAAAAAACCUAUAAAUACUCCUAAUCUUAAACAUUUUUUCUUAUCUCUUCUCCAAUUCUUCCUAAAUCCUAUUCUUAACUCUCUACUCUCUAAUUCUCUUAUUCUCCAAUAUAUUAUAUUUAUUAUUUAUAUAUCUACUUUAUACUUAAGUUAAGAUGGAAAAUCAAGAUGCCAUUAUACGGUAUAAUUUUGAUAAGCAGAAGGACCCGAAGACCGGGAUGUGGUACGCAACUUGCAAAUGGGGGUUUCAGGCGGAUACGAGAUGGCAAUGAAGCAUAUGAAGUCAUGUGACAAAACCAAAGGAUCGGGAGGUUAUGGUAUUCCUAUCCAUGUUCCUCUUGACGAUUGCGUGGAAGUAUCUUGUUCCCUUAUCGGCCUCAAGGAUAUGCGUAGCCUUAGCUCGUUGUUGGAAGAAGCUACGCUCGGCCUCACCAAGGAAAGUAGCCUUUCUCCUCGCGUCUUUUACUUGCUCUUUAAGCUCGGCAUCAUUGGGUGAAUCAAGCAUCAACCCGUUCAGCCUUUUAAAUUCAUCUUUUGCAUUUUUUGCCUUCGUAGAGAUGUGCCCAAAUUCCAAUUUAUUAAGUUCCUUAAGCUACUGUUUUAGCAACUUAAGUUUCUUAACAAUUUGAAAUUGAGCCGUGCCAUGAAUAUCUACACUCCAAUUCUGCAAAAGUAUGUUAGUGAAAGCACAGUGUUGAAUCCACAUAUUAAAAAAUUUGAAAGAUUUCGGCCUUUGAGAGGAAUUAUUGAGUAUAGAAAGCACGGUAGCCGUGUGAUCAAACUCAACCUCCAUUUCAUCGAAAUGGGCCUUACACUUGAUUCCCAAAUGAUCCCACGCAUCAUUGAGCAAGACCCGAUCAAGCUUAGCCCAUAAAGUUCCCUUAUUCCACGUAUAGAAUUCUCUCGUGGAGGGGGCAUCUUGGAGGCUAGCACGGAUUUUAAAAUCAAGUAAAUCUUUUAACAAAUAAUCUGAGGGUGUGGUUGGACCCACUCUCUCAUUCGGAGAGCAAAUACAAUUAAAAUCUCCUGCAAUAAACCAAGGGUCCCUCAUUUGGUCCCCGAGCAAAGCUAGGUGCUCCCAGAGUGUCCUGCGCCUCACCACUGUAUAUAAUGAAUAAACACAAGUAGCAUAAAAAACAGUUUGUGACGUUCGGCAAAGGCAUUUAAAGUGCAUAUAUUGCUCCCUCAUUUCAAUCAACGUGCAUGAAAUAAAAUUAGGGUUCCAAAAAACUAAAAUGCGCCCCCCAUCAAUAAAAUCAUGAUUAGUUUCAAAAAACCAUCCGGGCCAUUUAUUAGAAACAUAAUUGAAAAUAUUUAUUUUAGUCAUUUUCAUUUCCAAAAAACAACACAAACUUGCUUGAUGAAAUUUAACUAAACUAGAAAUAGUAGAAUGUUUGGAGGGUUUUUUCAAACCUCUCACGUUCCAUACUAUUGCUUUAAAAUUCAUCAGAAACCGAUUCAGUGGAGGACUAGCCAUCCUCCUUAUUCGCCGGACUUCUGCUUACUUCCCCUGCUUCAAUUCUCCUUGUUUUUCCUUCAAAUACCUCUUGUUUUCCCUGGUAGUAACAUCAAAGAAAGAGGCUACAUAAGUAUAAAAGAUGCUAUUAUUAAAUUUAUACCAUUCAUAGUGUGGCGUGACCCCGGGCAGCUUGCUCAAGCAUUCAUCCGUGAAGGAAAUGCCAGGUUCAUCAUCUCGCACCCUUUGUAAGUCCGACCCAAGUCUACUGAUUCGAUAGUGUGAUGGGACCUCACUUUUCUGCAUCGUGUAUACCGUCUUCUUUUUAUUUGCAUCAUAAACGAUUCUAGUGACAACAUCCCCUCUUUGGUACUCAUACACGUUUGGAAUCAUUCUCCCUCCCAUUUCAUCAAAACUAAUUUUCCCAUCCUUAGGAAAAUUAAUCUUCUUAUCUUUUGCUUUGGACUCGGGAUUUGCCUUAGAAGUUUCAGCGUUGGGCUUUUGGACAGUGAGCUUUGGUGCAACCUUAGGUGCUAGAGCAGCAGUUAUGGACGCCGCGGCAUUGGAGCAAUUGGCAGCAGGUGCAGUGGCGUUGGCUCUUGGAACCGCAGCAGCAGGGUUGGCCGCGGCAUUGGUGCAGGGGGCAGCAGGUGCAGUGGGCUUGGCCGCGGCAUUGGGCUGUGUAGGGGCCUUCGCAACCUACCCUUGGACAUUGAGCUUGGGUGUAAUUAGAUUUCGGACAGUUGCUUUAGAGCCCCUUUUCUUCUUCUUUUUUGCCUCCAUCCAUUCCCCAUCUUUUUGCACCUCGGAGCUCUUCUUCUCAACUCAUAUCUCUUUCCCUUUUCCCUUACCUUUUUCCUUCUUGCCACUUACAUUAAUGCCCCUCUUUUCUUUAGGAAUGUCUUCGGUUAGCUUAGGUUCCUCCACAUUUGAGUUGUUGUUCACAUCAAUAACAUUGGUGACACUCUUUGUAGCAAUGGUCUCGGCCUUGGGAUCAUUAGCCUCCUUUUCUACAAGCUCUUUAUUUAGCACUUUGCAUGUAAAGGGGUGGUGUCCAUAAACCUUGCGCUCAAAGCAAUAGUUAGGGAAAGUUUCAUAUAUAACAUAUUGAUUCCUUUCCUUACCGGAUGGUUGAAUAAUCGGAAUGGACAAAGUAGGUGGUUUAGUGAGAUCAACUUCCACCAACACCCUAGCAAAUUGAGAUCUUGAUUUUUCUUGAGUCACUUUGUCCGCCACAAUAGGUACUCCAACUCUAGAAGCAAGCUCACCCAUCUCUUGUUUGUUCCAAAGUGUAACCGAUAGGCCGGGGAAUUUUACCCAAAUUGGGACUUUUAUAAAUUCCUCACCAUCAAAGUCAAAGUCCUCGGAUAGUAUCUUUAGGAACACGGCCUUACCAUAAAGGGCAUAGGGCCCUUCGGCCAUGACUUUGUUACGGUCAUUCUCACUUUGAAAUUGGAAAAUCACCCAUCCUUUGUCAUGUUGUUUGAGUUUGCAUGGGACUCCCCACUUGAUGGAUAAGUCAUGGAAAGCUCUCAUCCCCGGGAACCUACCUGAAACAAACCCCACCAAGCAAUACCCCCAAAUAUCAAUAAUAGUAGGGAGUUUUCUAUGAGAGAAACCUACCUUUUCACCUUUGGGAGGGAUGUAUUCCAACUUCAUGCCAUGCUCAAUAGACCGGUUGUUUUGGAAUAGUUGAUUCCAAGCAUUCAUUUUUGGGGCUGCCUUCUUUUCUUUAUUUCCAACCUCAAAUAGGGAAUCAACACUCCCCGUUUCCACAUCAUCCUCAUCUUCCACAAGGCCAUCAAUUUUUGCAUUCUACCCUUCCUUGCUCUUCUUGGAUUUGUUUGAAAGAAAACUCAAUGGACCCUACUUUGAUGGAGUUGGCCGAGGAGGAUUUUUCCAAGAUAUGAGCAUUCUCGAUAGUUUCCCCAUUUUUUGUUGAGCCCGAGGCAGAGUCCUCCACCAUUGUUUUAGGGUCCGAGGCAAAGGUCUCCACAAUUUGGCCCUCCAUAGUAUUCAUAGCCUCCUGGAUAGAUGCCCCCUGUGGUGCGGUUACAGUUUGUACCGUUAACUUGGGUGCAAUUUUUUGCUUCUUGGGUGUUAAUUCUUUUUCUCCAUUCUCCAACUCUGUUUUUCUAGCCUCCAUCUCAGCUUUCUUUGCAUUUAGUCUCCAUAUUUUGUCAUCAAAAGCAUUGUCUUUAGGAGGCGGAGUACGAGUUUGUCUAUUGUUCUUCAUCAUUGAACAACAAAAAUUUCUUGCACAAUAGCUCAACAAGUAGGUAUAUUCACCUGCAGGUUAGUACCAACAAGUGCCAGAAAAGGAAUAGCUAGGAGUUUAAUCACUAGCUAGGCUUCUGGGGUUGUUAAUUUAAACACAAGCACAAUAUGGAAUGCACAAAAUAAGUUUAGCUAGCACAGGGGUUACUUUAACGGACCCAACAAAACAAGUAGCAAACUAAUUGGACAAGUAACGGACUCUGUAAAAAUUCAAGAGUUUUUUACCUAUAUAGGACUAUAUCUACGUUUGUGUGCACAAAUAGGACUCAAAACGUGAGUCAUGUUUUGUAGGACUAAAAUUGAGGUGAUUUCCCUUUUUUAGCCUCAAUUAGUUAGUCGCCUAUUAACGCAAGGCAGUUUUUCGGAAAAAACGGGCCGCAUCGUGAUCGGAAAGAGUGCGAAAACAUAGGGAAACGAGGUGCUGUAAUUAAUAUGGAAGAUUUUUCCGGCGCAAGGCACGGCAAUCGAGUAUCAAACACAACUACCCAAGUUAGUCUACCCAGUUACGCCAUUGCAAAAUUUCAAUUUCGAAGAGGAGAACUGAAGCCAAAAAUCUGGAAGAGAAGAAAGAAGGAAGGAGAAUAAGUGCGACGAUGGCCGGUAAAGAUGGCGCAAAUCAGACGCCCGGAUGACAGAGAGAGCGGCGUAGAGCAGAACUGGUAUGUUUAACAUUUGAGAAUCAUAAUUAAUUUAGGGUUGAUAUUUAGGACGAAUUGAAAGCCAAAUGUUCUCAUGGCGUGGGACUGAGAAAUGGAAGUUUUAAUUUGUAGUAGACAUUGCCAACAAUUUGGAAAUUCAUAGAAUGAAAUAUGGCAGAAUGCAAUUUUGGUGUGACGGUAUAAAUGGCAAAUAUGUGUGAAACUUUUGUUAUUUAAGGCGGAAAAUGGCAGAAAUGAGAAAUUGGAUGAAUGGAUAAAGUGGCAAAGAAAAAAUGGCAGAAACGGAAUGGAAAUCUUGUGUUGGCAAAAAAUGAAAACAUAUAGUAAGCUUAAUGGCUAAAAGUGUAUGUAUAUAUUGUGAAAAAUCUAGUUAUGACAAUGUUGAUGUUUUAGUUGUUUCCAAUUGUAAUUCUACCACAUAUGACCACGAUGUUUGACAAACGUUUGGGUGUUUGGUGCUGGUUUUUUGUCAAUUAGUACAUAUGUACUACCUUAAUGGAAAAAUGAUGAAAUAAAAGGACUAUUUGAUAGUAGUGGUAAACAAGCAAAGGAUUUGUGUGGAAUGUUUUGUAUUAUAUUUUUCCAAACAUUUGGAAAAUAAUAGAGAGGAAAAUGGUAGAAUGGACUGAUGUUUGAUUAAACAUUGAUAGUGUAUUUAAUUGUUUCCAAUGGUAAUUGUACCACAUAUGACUCAUUGAUUGGCUGUAUGCACAUGAUGUUUGUCAUAGUACUUCCAUAUUUAAUUGGAAAAAUGUAUUGUUUUGUGAUAAUUUAGGUGAUGCAUAGAAAAUUUGGAAGGAAUCAACUGCAAAAUGUAGAGAGCUUGAGGAUAAAUUGCUACUGCAGUUUGGCGGAGGUGGUGAAGAGGAUAAAGAACCAACUAAAAGAGGAGGAACUCAUUGAAUUCAGGAAGAGUGUAUUCGGAUGGGUGUUAGAUGUGGAAGAAAUGCGUACAAUUAGUGGUCAGCUUCAACUGGGAUUUCUUUGCAACUACGUUAAAAAAGUAAAUGGCAUGAAAGAGACAGGUGCCAUUCGUUUUCAUAUUGAAAAUAGUCUGAUUACUUUAAGGAAAGACGAUAUUUGCAUGGCUCUGGGUCUUAAAUUUGGAGGAGUGAAACCAAAUAUGGAGGAUAAUUUCAGGGGGACGUUGUGGUGAAAAUACUUUGGUAACAAAUCCGGGGUGAGAAGGUCUGAUUGUCAAAAUGCGUUAAUGAAUUACAAUAGCGAGGACCUUGAAGCAGAACGAAAUGAUCCAGUGAAGCUUGCGUUGCUCCAUGUACUGUCACAUGGUCUUUUUGGCAACCAGGUAGCAAGAGAAUUACCAGCAUUGUAUGUGAAUUUGGUUGAUAACUUGGAUGGGUUCAAUAACUAUCCGUGGGGAGACGAUGUCUGGACUGAGUUGGUAGAUAUUAUGCGGACCAAUUCAAAGAGUUUAAAGAAAUGCGCAGGGCAACGAGUCACACUGCCAGGAUGUUUGAUUGCCAUCCAAGUUUGGGCAUUUGAAACCUUCACAGGGCUUGAAAAGGCAGAGAUAUGCAAGUUGAUUGAAGGGAGAGAGUCUCGAAUACCAAGGGCAGUCAAGAGGGAAUUCAUUAAAAAACCAUCAAUGGAGUUGUUGAGCAAAAUAAUAUUCAAGAAUGAACAAGUAGUACAUCUGACAGAAUUGCUCAUUAAUAGGUUGCAAUCUGAAUACCAAAGCAUUUGCUUUUAAAUUUUAAUUUUUUGUAUUUUUAUUGUUUUGUGUGUAGUUUGAGUGGAAAAUGAUGGAGCCUACAAAUCUGGAAGGUGAACAUUUCCCUAACUUACUAGCCAAUGAAAGGUUGAGUUCUGAGAGGAGUAGCAAUGAUGGAAUUGAUAUUGUUAAUAGAGUUGAUGGGGUGAAGGUUUUUGAGAAAAAAGGAAAGAAUGUAAAGACCAAAGUUUCAUCAAAAGUUGUAAAAAAAUCAAAAACCAAAGCAAAGGAAGAAGAUAUGGAAUCUGAGAAGGAGGGGGAUGAUGGUGGGAGGGUGGGUUUUGGAAGUGCAAGAAAGUUGGACUUGACGUUGAGGAAGGUUAGGAAACUUAGUAAGGAAAAUGCCAAGAUUAUGGCAGAAUUAAGGGAAUUGAAGAAAAGUCAAAAGAGGCAAGAGAAAAUGGUAAAGCAGUUACUGGAAGUCUGGAAGGGAUGAAUAGAAUGACCAAGAAUGAGCAAACAGAGACUGAGGAGCUUAGGGUGCAAAGAAAGGAAAAAUAAAAUACAGAAGAAGGUGAUGAAAAUGUAGAAGGAGAAAAAAGGAAUGAUGCAGACCAAACUGCGUGUGCAGAAGAUGAUGAUCCAGAGAUCAGUAGCGUGCCCAGUUUUUCUAUAUUCAGUCCAGAGACACAAGAAAAAUUUCAGGAAGUGCAAGUAGAAAAUGGAAGUGACCGAAUUGUGUUUGAGAUGAGGAAAGAACCUGAAAAGCAAGGAACAGUGGAACAAGGACAUGAGGACAGUGGUGGACUAGUCAGAAGUGAAGAGAAAGAUGGUAAUGAUUCUUCUCAUAGAACAGAAGUUAGCAAAGCUGGGAACAUGGAAGAAGAAGGGGGGACCAACAACAACAAAAAUCAAGAACAGAAUAGCGGUGUGCAAGAAACUGAUACUAGAAGGGUGCAUAUUCAGGAAGAGGUUUGGGAAGAUUUGAAUACCCAAUUUGUAAAUGAGUUGAUAACAAGCGUGGAUAUAGUUGAAAAACUUGUAUUAGGUGACAAAGUUGCAGAGGAGCAUACGCAAAAAGGAGAGAAAACUGCAGACGAGCAUUUACAACGAGUAGGAGAAGGGAACGGGAGUACAAGCAUUGAUUCUGAAGUGAUCAAAGAAAAAAGUGUGGAGAUGACAUGUGCACCAAUUGGAUGACCUAAGCGAAAUGCAAGAUCACCUGACAGAUUUACACCUCCAAGGAAUAUUGAGUUCGCAAAGAGGAGACGGAAGGAAAGAGCAAAAAGAAGUGAAGAGGACCAAUUUUUACCGGCGAAAAAAUAUGGGCCUUUUGCUGAAAACCCAUCUCAAUAUCCACCGGAAGAAGAAGUAAGAAAGGUGGAAAAGUUUCUUGAAACUGGACUAUUGAAGUGGCCGACAAAGGAGGGAGGUGGCAGAAAAUACCGCAAAGAAGAGGACAACAUGCAUGGCGUACCUUUUAUUUUGGACGUGGCAAAAAUAGAAUCAAAAACAUGGUUAUACAAGCUAUUUGUCAAUCCGGAAUGGCUGGAUGAUACGCAUAUUUUUGUAGGAAUGCACUACUUGAAUGUGAAGCAAGUGCAGUACAAGGUGAAGUACCCCUAAAGCACAAGUGGCCCAUUUUUUAUGCAAAUGUUGAAACGGCUGAAUGACAAGAUAGAAAAAGGGCAGGCAACGAUUCAAGACGCAACAAACAUUGCGGUCAUCGAAGAUGACAUUAUGGGUAGUGCUUCACCAUUUUCUAGGGGCUGGGCAGAUUGUGAUUUCGUGUACCUACCUCUUAACAAUAACAACCACUGGGUUUUACUGGUUUUGGACGUUAAAAAAAAGAAAAUACGGGUUUACAAUUCCAAAAGCAGAAGGGCGGAUAGUGUAAGAGACAUUAGACCCUAUGUUUCGAGCUUACAACGCUUGCUCCCAAAAAUAAUGGAUGUGCAUGGAGUUUAUGAAGAAAUUGGGUUGGAGCGUAUGGAAAACAAAGUGUUGGAAUUGGAGGUUGUGGAGGACUGCCCACAACAUGAAGACGGGGGCAACUUUGGCAUGUACGUAUUGAUGAUGGCCGAGUUUUUUAUUAUGGGACUAGAUAUAAAAGAUAUCAAGUCAAAGGACAUGCCCAUGUUUAGGAAAAAAAUGGCCACGGAGUUGGUGUUGUACAACAACAAGAGGAUGCAGGAGGCCAAAAAAAAAGGGAAGGACUUUGAAGAUUGAAUAGUAAAGGAUGGGAGAGGGAUGGAUGAGAACAUUUGACAUUGUAGUGUAGUAGUAUUUUGUCUAUUCAAAAUUUGCAUCGAAUUUGACAUUGUGAACAUUUUUCUUGUCUAUUUUAAGUAGUUUGACCUCAAAUGCAGACGGAGUAUUUUGGUUUACUGAUGUAGUGUAGUUUGAAUUCAUAAUGUUGUGGGGGAUUGAAUUUUUGGUGGCUUGUGUUUUGGUCA